AUGGCCAUGGCCGCCUCCUCGCAUCGCGUCUUGUUCCUCCUCCUCCCCCUCCUCUUGGCGGCCCGUCUCUCGCCGCGCGCGGCGGCGGGCGGGGACCUGCUGUCAGCGGCGCGCGCGCCGGGGUUCGCGGCGUGGCUGCGCGGCCUGCGGCGGAGCAUCCACCGGCACCCCGAGCUGGCCUUCGAGGGGGUCCGCACCAGCGAGCUCGUCCGCGCCGAGCUCGACGCGAUCGGGGUCCCCUACGAGUGGCCCGUCGCCCGGACCGGCGUCGUCGCCACCAUCCGUGGCGGCGCUGGGCCCGGCCCCGUCUUCGCGCUCAGGGCGGACAUGGACGCUCUCCCCCUGCAGGAAUUAGUAGAUUGGGAACACAAGAGCGAAGAAGGAGGAAAGAUGCAUGCUUGUGGGCAUGAUGCUCACACAACAAUGCUUCUAGGAGCUGCCAAACUACUUCAAUCUCGGAAGGAUGACCUGAAGGGUACCGUCAAGCUCGUCUUCCAACCAGCAGAGGAAGGUUAUGCUGGCGCACUCCAUGUUCUACAAGAAGGCGUGCUCGAUGAUGUGUCAGCCAUUUUUGGUUUGCAUGUUGAUCCAAGGAUUCCAGUAGGUGUUGUCGCCUCCAGGCCAGGGCCAUUUCUUGCAGCAUCAGGCCGGUUUCUUGCAACAAUCACCGGAAAGGGUGGUCAUGCCGCAGGCCCACACACCGCCGUUGACCCCAUCCUCACUGCAUCCGCUGCCAUUAUCAGCCUCCAGCAGAUCGUAGCCCGGGAAACUGAUCCUCUUGAGGCUGCAGUGAUCUCUGUGACAUUCAUGAAAGCGGGUGAUGCUUACAAUGUUAUCCCAGAGUCUGUAUCAUUUGGUGGCACAUUCAGGAGCUUGACAACAGAAGGCCUCUCAUACCUUAAGAAGAGGAUCAAAGAGAUCAUAGAAGCACAUGCCACGGUGCACCGGUGCACUGCAACUGUCGACUUCAUGGAGGAGGAACGCAUUCCGUACCCAGCCACCGUUAACGAUGAAGGGAUGUAUGACCAUGCCAGGACAGUGGCCAAGAAUGUGCUUGCGGAAGAUGGUGUCAAGGUGGGUGCACCGUUUAUGGGCUCAGAGGACUUCGCAUUCUAUGCACAGAGGUUCCCAGCAGCGUUCUUCCUGAUCGGCGUCGGCAACCAGACUACCAUGCAGAAGGUGCGCCCGCUGCACUCCCCCUACUUUGUCAUUGACGAGGACGUGCUUCCGGCAGGAGCUGCCUUGCAUGCAGCCGUCGCCAUGGAGUACUUGAACAAGCACAAGCAUGCGUCGACCUCUACGAACUAAGACCACCUGGCCCCCUAAAUGCAGCAAUUCCAUAUGAAGUUCAUCGAAAAUAGUUCUACUUCUGUAAAAAGGAGGAAAAUUUGUGCAUUCCAAAGGAGGGCAAGACUUUAAGUGGUUUUUCAAAUGCUCAUGUUUUCACUUUCUGGAUUGGAAGCAGAGAUGUGACAUAGAACUGAGGAGAUUUUGCAUAAGGGACAAAUUCCACUGCACUGCACAGCAGCUAGCCAAAGUCAAAUUGGCAUUAGUAAAAAUAACUUAACUGUGCGUCCAUUUUGAUUGGAAAAGAUGGUGUGGAUAAUGUCUGUAACUGCAAGUAUCCUUCAUGAGGAUGAUAAAAUUGAAGCCAUGAGAGGAUACUAUCUUGUAUCAGAAUGAGACAAUUUAUGCAUAUUUCUCUUUGGUGUAAUUUUUGGACACAUUCUGCUA